GGGAGGAGAAACUUAGCUAUCAGUGUGGCAGGGUCAUGAAGAGGAGGCGGUGGCGGGAGAGCGGAGGAGGCGGAGGGGGCGCGAAAUUGCGGUAGCCAGCGCUGGGCUGGUGAUUGUGGCCGUGUGGGAGGGAGAGGGUCCGAGCCCUCGGGCAGCUGCCGGGGCUCUGGGCUGAGCGCGGCUGUGGAGCCGCUGCUCCCGGCCCCCUGGCUCCGCCAUGUUCCGCAGGGCACGCCUUAGCGUGAAGCCGAAUGUCAGGCCUGGUGGAGGCUCCAGGGGCUCCGCCGCUCCUAAUUCCCAACGUGUACCGGAGGCUCCCAGGCCUCCCGAGCCUGCCACCGAGUCCUCUCCGAAGCCAGCGGAGCCCACAGAUGUGCCUGCGCCUGCGGUGGCUUCCGGGGAAGCGGAGCCCCAGGAAAAGGAUCCCAGGAGCAGUGAUGCAAAGACUGGUGAUGAAAAUAAUGUUGAAGAGUCCAGCAAAUCAUCCUCUACUGUUUCUCAGAGAAGAAAGCGAGUGCCAAGCACUUCUAGUCUUGCGAAGCCUACUGUCAGUGUUCCUUCACAGUGUCAACCCUUGUCUGCAGUUAACCACGAUGCUCCGCAGCCCAGCCCUACUCCAGCUAAAGACAAGCCCCCGUGUUCAGAUAGAUACCGAAUAUACAAGGCCAGGAAACUGAGAGAGAUGCUGAAAGAAGAGUUGAGGAAAGAGAAGAAACAAUGGAAAAACAAGUUUGCUACAAACGAAAGCCAGAGGCCACCAGAUCGUUCAAAAAUGACCAUGAGAGACUUCAUAUAUUACCUGCCAGAUAACAAUCCAAUGACUUCUUCAGUGGAACAAGAAAAGAAAACCGAAAAAUCCUUGGCUCCUACCCCGGCAAGAGAUAGGCAAGAUAAUCAGAGCACUCAAGAUGCUGAUGAUAAUGGAGACGUGGAAGAGAAGGCCGAUGAUGGGCCGCUGCUGGUUCCUCGAGUAAAAGUGGCAGAAGAUGGUUCUAUUAUUUUAGAUGAAGAAAGUUUAACUGUAGAAGUUUUGAGAACAAAAGGUCCCUGUGUUGUUGAGGAAAAUGAUCCUAUAUUUGAGCGUGGCUCAACAACCACAUAUUCCAGCUUCAGGAAAAACUAUUAUUCAAAACCAUGGUCAAAUGAAGAAACAGAUAUGUUCUUUUUGGCCAUUAGUAUGGUAGGAACUGACUUUUCUAUGAUUGGACAACUUUUUCCUCACAGAGAAAGGAUAGAAAUUAAGAAUAAAUUUAAACGUGAAGAAAAAACAAAUGGAUGGAGAAUAGACAAAGCCUUCCAGGAAAAACGCCCCUUUGACUUGGAUUUUUUUGCUCAUUUGCUUCAGAAAGUUCUUGAUGAAGAAGAAAAAAGAAAAAAAUCUACUAAAUGUCAGAGUUCAAAGGAAAAGUCUUCCAAACCACGGAAAAACGUGAAAGCCAAAAAGGUAACUAGUGAGGAAGUGAAUGAUGAUCCAGAUGAAUCUGUAAAUAGUAACAGUUCAGAUCCAGAAAGAUCUCAGAAGGAUACUCAGACAGUUGCUGAAGAGGAACCAACAACUUCGUCAGGACAGGAUUUAGAACAAACCAUGUUAGAGCAAGAUCAAAAUCAAGAGAAAAGGAGGAGGAGGAAGAAGCAAAACGAAGCUAAUAAGCAGGAAGCAGCAAAUCUUGUAGGAAAUGUCCUCGUUCAGUCGAGCUCUCCUGAAGCAGAAAUACACAAGAAUACAAGUCCUGAGGAAAAUGAAGGCGAAUGCAAUGAGGAACAGACACCUUCUUUCCCACAGCGCGUAGACGACAUUGCAGAGUCAUUCUCACCCUCCAGUGAAACGGUGGAGCUGAGAACUGGCUCCAGCCCUUCCGCAUGUAAUCAACAAAAUAUCAUGCCGCUAGCAAGUGAGUCCUCAGAGUCAAGUGCUGCAGAUUUGCCUUUGUCAGAAGUUGUGGGUGCUGCCUCCUGUGAAGUAAAUAAUGCCGGAACAGAAGAAAGAAGCGUUGACCUAGAGAAUAGACCACUUUUGCAAAAUCAUGUGGAAAAAGAGAGAUUGAAUGUACCUGAAAAUUUUGGGACAGAGAAUACAGAAAGAGAGAACCUAGGUGCUGAAACUGUGUCUGAUUUGAGUGAAAAGUCUUGUGUACAGGAAGAUGGUAAACCAAAGGUCUUAAGACCUGCACGUCUAUUGAGGGGCCGAAUGCAAAGACCAAGGCCUAACAUACAGAAAGCUACAGGACGAGAAGAGACUCCUACACCACAGGGAAAAAUUGGGGCCCAUGUAGAGAAGAAUGAAGACGAAUCCUGUGUUGAUAGAGAGCAAAGUGAAUCCUGUGUUGUGAUUCCUGAACAAAUGGAAAAUGAGUCAUUUAAAAACCUCCAGUGUGAAGAUGUCACAUCACAGCCUGAAGAGAAGGAUGCUUCAGCAAAUGUGCACUCUGAUGAGCCCAGGGUUCUUAAUGAAUGUCCAAGUAUUCAAGAGGACAGUAAAGCAAAUAAACUAAAGCAAGCUCCAGUUCUAAGGACGCCAUUUCAGAAACCAAAACCCAAUACAGGAAGAAAAAGAAUGACCUCCAAGGAAGGGGUGUCAGAGGAGGUUCCUAUUUCUGGAGAAAUAACAACUUUGGAAGAAACUGCAAAACCAGACUCUUUGCCAAGGAAGAAGAUGCCAAUUGUGACCAUUACUGUUACUCCUGCCACUAACGAAUUGGAAUCCGAUUUAAAAGACACUGGAAAAAAUGACACAUCUUCUAACAUGAAGAUGUCAGAAAUGACAGAAGUCACUAUGGAAAUGGAGAUAGGUUUGGAAACAAUAGAGAGAGUGAUUUCCCCAGGGGAGACGGGAGCAGAAAUGAUUGACAUCCCUAUGGAAACAGAGAUAAGUUUGAAAGCAUCUUUAAAUGAGAUUUCUCCUAUGGAGAACGUGUCAGAGUUGAUUGAUACCACAGAGGAAAUUUAUAUAAAUUUGGAAGAAACUGGAAGAAGAGAAACAUUUUCACAAGAAAAUGGCCCCAAGGAGGUUAGUCCAAUUAGUGAAAUGGAGACAGACUUGCAAGAAACUGGAAAAGACUUACCCACAAGAGACAGGACAACAGAUAUGAUUGAUAGCACUGAAAAAGGGGAGGCAUAUUCAGAAGACACUGAAAGACGAGAAAUAUCUGUGCCAGUAGAGGAGACAGAGGAGCCCAAAACCAUGGGUGAAAUGGAAACACAUCUGGAAGAGUUCGGAGAAAAGGCAGUGGGAUCCCCAGCAGAGCAGCUGGCUAGUGAGCUGGAUGUGUGCAGUAGCACACACGAAGAAGAAGCGGGGGUGGAGUCGAGUGCUGUGGAAGAAAAGAAGCUUGACCUGAAGGGAACUGGAGAAAGAGACAUUUCCACGAUGGUCAUGGCAUCAACAGAGAUGACUGCCCCUGAGGAGGGUAGUGGAGAUCUGAAGGAAACAGGAGAGACGUCCAUCUCUUGGGAGAGAGGACCUGGAGAGAUCCGUGUUGGGAAGCACAUGGUGGCAGACUUAGAAGAAACAGAAAAAGUAGAUAUUUCUCCAAGAGAGCAUGAACCAGAGGAACAUAGCUCAAGGCAGCUCGUGGCAGAUGUGAUUCAGAGCAGCAGUAAUGACAGCAGCCCCGGGGUUUCAGUGGAUAGAAAAAAUAUUAGCAAUAAAAUAUCAGUGAUGCCUACAUUUGAGGAACGAAAUGAAAACUCUGACAUGGAAGUAUCAAGUCACUUAAGUCAUGUGAAGUCUUCCCAGAAUUCUGCAGACCAUGAAACAGUUGCAGCGAUACAGCCUGCAGAUGUCCUGGAGCAGUUUUCCGGUACUAGCCUAAGCAGAUCUCUUCCUCAAGAACAGAAGCCACUCGAAGUUAAACCAGCUCCUUUUCUGAGAAGUCGGUUCAAAAAACCAAAACCAAACUUGUCAAGAGCAGCCUUAAAGAGAGCAACCCCAGAAGCAGAGCAUCGUGUACCUGGGAAGAAGUCAGAAGCAGAGACAGUCGCGUUACAGCAGGACAGUGAGCAGUCCGACUCUCCCUCUUCCCAGCAUGAGGUGCCUUUUCUAAUGACAUCAAGAGAAAAUGAUAACCCGCGUCAGGAGGAGGUGGAUGCUGUGAUAAUGCCGAGCAUGCAGACUGGGAAGGACUCUUCCCUACCCGAUUCAUGUGAACCCAAAGAGGAUUCUCAGUCAACACAAAAGCAGGAAAAUGGCUUAGUUGUUCCUGUUGGGACUCAGAAGAUGAACAUGGUCACACAGGAAACAAAGCAGAGUGUUGGCCAUAGUCUCCCAGUGAGAGGUCGACUUCAAAGACCAAGACCAAACGUACAAAAGGCCAGACAGAGGCAGAUAACAGAAAGAGGUGAAGCUGAAAGUGUAGCUAAGAAUGAAGGAUCAGAGCUGCAGAAAGAUGAAACGAAAAAAGUCCUGACAGUGGCUAAUGCUCACAUUGAAGGUGAAGUUGAAGCUAUGUCCCUUGGAGUUUCAGAGUACACAGUGAAUGAAAGUCACAGACACGUGGUUCCUGUAGAUGAACAAAAAAGGCAUGAAAAUGAACCUCAUGUCCCUAGUCCAGCACAGUUGUUAAGAAGACGAUUCCAAAAGGCUAAACCAAAUUUAGGAGGAGCACACCAUAAAAAAGAGCAACCAGUUGUAGAAAAAGGCGCAACAGACCAGAGCACAGACCCAAAACCAGAAGACCACGAGCCGCAGAAAGGAGACUUGGACAUCCAGCUUCCUCUACAAGAAAAGACAGAGAUUCUAACGCCUCUGGAGGUUUCAGCAGGAAAAGAUUGUAUCGUUCCUGAAGCGUCAGCUUCUCCCACUAAUGAUGCUCAGCUGACAGCUGUACCGUCAGGAGGUGCAAGGGACGAGAUUGUGGAGGACCAUCCUACAUCAUCUUUGGGGCUUGAAGAGCAGGGUCUCAGUAAACAAAUUAGCAGUCCACAACUAUUGAAAGAAUCAAAUUGCUCCAAAACUGCUGCGCAUCGAAGAACACCUCUCUCUUCUGCCUCUGAGUGUGAGACAGAUCACAGUGGGAAAAGAGCACAUAGAAAGAUGAAAUCAAAUGUGACCAAAGGGCGAGGACCCAAACGAAUCCGAGGUAAGACUACUAAGAAGGAACCUAGAGCUUCCAAGUCCAUGUUGGUGACUCUUCGGGCUUCUCAGAAAGAGGAUGAAGAGGAUGCUGAGGAUUUUGAUUCUGACUUUGAGGAGGAAACCUAUCAUCUUGCCCCAGAAGAAUUAAACAAAGCACCAGUAUUUGUACCUGUUGGUCUCAGAUCCCCUGAACCAGUGUCUGCUCAGAUCGAAGAAACAAUGGAAGAGCUUGAGAUAACCAUGGAUGUUGCAGACAUAGGAUGUGUGACGGUUGUUGAACAUCAGCUUUCAAACACGGAUGCAACAACUGAGGACGUGCAACCAGAAGAUUUGCAUUCCCCAGAAUUUGAAAUGGUCAUAAGUGAACAGACCCCAGAAGAACCAGGUCCCAGUGAUGGAAGCACCGAAGCUGCCAUAACUUUGCUUACAAUGGGAGACAUAGUAUUGCAGUCGGAGAUCAUCACUGAGCAGGGUGAUGUAGGAGUAUGUGUAUUUCCUGAUGUUCAUUCAAAGGAUAAAAGUCAUGUUCCUUUUAGCCCAGAUAAUGUAAAUCACAAAAUUGUUCAUGAAUAUCAGGAGGUUUCUUCACCUGUCAUUAGUAUGUUGCCUGCAUCGUUUGAGGAAAACAAGAUUGUAUCGAAGGAACAAAGUACUAAAGAAGAAGAAGCUGAUGUCAUGGGAGAAAUAAUGGAGAAUACUCUGUCAACCAGGAGCACAGCUCCUGCAGUGACCAAACAUGUGGGAAUGGAGAGUCAUUUUAUCACAGCCGAACCAAGUCCUGAGAAGAUCUUAGGGGUCUAUGGGCUUGAGGAUCAUCAGGAAGUCACCAGUUUUUGUGUAACCAAAGGGACAGAAGUGGAAAUUCAAAGAGAGCCUGAGGAAAAUGACUCCAAAGCAGUAGAAUUAGAAGAUAAAAGCCUUGAGCCAGCAGAAACGAAGGAGCAGAACCAAUUGCCAUGUGUCCAUGAUGGUGCAGUUACCAGUGUUUCUCAAGAAGCACUCCGGAGUGCAAGUUUCAGAAGUGAAGACCAAGAGGAGAACUUGGAAGAGGUUCAGAUGUUGUGUACUGCAGUUGCUUCAUCUGCGAUAGGGAUCCACACUCUUGAUUCAGGUCAGGGUCUUGGUGAGAGUCCUCCUGAAGAGCCCAUCACAGAAAACUCUAAAGGCAGCAGCAUGCUCAUGCUUCCUGUGCCAGAGAGUGUUCCAUCUAAUAUUCUAGAAGUCCAACAAGAAAAUAUGAUCAAUCCUCAAGACGUAACAGUGAAUCUAUUUGCUAAUCCAGAGCAAGAUGGAGAAGAUGAACAAGCAUUCAUUUUAACUUUGGUGGAAAUCCCAACUAAUACAACAGAAGGAUUUACUGAUGCCUCCAUGCAGUUAAUGCCAAGCUCUCUACUGCCAGCACCUAUAUUGGUCAAAUCUGGAAACACAGUAGAAAGAGGUCACCACAGUGAGAGUUUACAAACAACUUCAGUUGUUCAAGAUGCCAUAUGCUUGUCUCCUUCUGGAAGUGGUGAUUCUGAAAAGCCUCCUCCUAAGGUGGAUCUUAUAUCUAGGAAGAGAAUUCACUGCAGUCCUGAUGAAAACAUUCUUGCACCUCCUGCCAAAAAGUCCUCAAUUUCUCUGGGAGUCGAUGGUCAAGAGUGUGCCUCUGAGGUAUGUUCAAAGGAAUUCAAUGUUUUUGAGAAAACAGAAGAGUCUUGCAUGGGACAAGGCAUUUUCCCUACUUCAGAGAACACACAUGCAGCUCCUAAACCUCAAAAGGAAUACAGUGAGCCAACUUCUCAGAAUGUAGCAUCGAGAUCUCCUGACGAAAUAAAAGAUGCCUGUGUGGAAAAGACCAUGACUCAGUUGCCUCAGGAUGAGAUGGUGUCUGAUAAAGAAGAGAAGACUGGUCCUGUUUCCAGUUCCGAACAAAGGGAUAGCAUGACGUCAUCAUCAAAACCCCCUCUGACCAGACCUGGCAGAAGACCUUUGGGAUUUUUGUCUUUAAUAUGUCCAAAAAAUAGUUUGGACUCUGACGAAGCGACUCAAACCCAUAGUAAGAAGCGCCUAAAGCCUCAUAUACCUGCAUCACGACGAAAUUUGAAAAAACCUAAUCUACUUAAUACAAGCCAGAAAAAAACUGAAGAAUCUUCUUCUGAUCCACUCCCAUCUCCAAGUAUUACUGAUCCUCAGUCUGAUGAUACUGGAAAGUCAGCAGCUCAGGUUUCUUCUGAUCAGCCAUCGCUAAAAGAGAAAUGUAAAAGUGGGCCAAAACAGGCAUGUGAAGAGGAGGCCACCACAGUCUCGGAGUUCGUCUUCAAUGACAUCUUCAUUGAAGUGGAUGAGACAGAGUAAAGCCCUCUUCUGGGAUCUUCCUUUCUUCCUUUUUUUCUUUCUAUUUUUGUAAUAAGUGUGAAAUUUCCAGAGUCAGCGAUGUCAGCAAAGCAGUGUUGAGAAAAGCACCACUGCCUGUUUUUAUUUAGGUCAAUUUUGAAUAUUUAUUAAGCUUAAUUUAAAGCUUUUAUAAUCAGUGGAAACCAUUUCAUUCUGAAAUACCAAGCAAUUAAGACUGCUCUCCCUGACAGACACUUUAACUUGUUUACAUUUGACUCACCCUGUGCUGAGCACAGCUGGACUUGUGGACUGCAUGGAUACACGUCUGUAUAAAUCAUAGUGCUGACAUACUUGGAGCUUGAUUGUAUUUAACAUUAGUGACAUUCUUCUGUAAAGGUGGUUUUGUUUCUGUUGCUGUGUGUGUGUGGUUUUUUUUUGUUUUUUUGUUUUUUUCUUUUUGUUUUGGAGGGUGAUGAAGGUCUGUUUAUUUGCCUAUAAGUAUAUGAAAGCAAGUUGUGAAACUCCACUUUGGUAUGGUAAAGGUAAAACUUUUCUAUUAUUAGCUAUUUGACUGAAAAAUGUGUAUUUUUCUAAUUCAUGGUGAUGUAACAUUAGUUCUAAUUGAAGAUCUAGUAUUUAAACUUGCUAUUUAUAAAGAUUGAACAUCAAAGAGAUUAUUUAUUUUUAAAUUUUUUAUUUAAAAGCAUAUCCCGAUUUAAUUAUUUUCACUUAUCAGAUGUGGGCAAAGAAAGCAUUAACAAAUAAUUUGUCUCCUUUUCCUCUUUACUUUUUUUUUUUCGAGACAGGGUUUCUCUGUGGUUUUGGAGCCUGUCCUGGAACUAGCUCUUGUAGCCCAGGCUGGUCUCGAACUCACAGAGAUCUGCCUGCCUCUGCCUCCCGAGUGCUGGGAUUAAAGGCGUGCGCCACCACCGCCCGGCUCCUCUUUACUUUUAAAGCUAUUUUAAAAUGUCAUAAUUAAAAAUGUUUAGGUGGUGUCUGUAUUUUGAAUACUUUUCUCAUACUUUGGUACAUUGAAUUUAUACUGUGAAUUUUUCUUUUUUGCUUUUCUUAUUUCCUCUAUUAUCUCAGGAUUUUUGUUGGAAGAAAAAAACUUAAUGUUAAGAGACAUGUUGUAUAAAACAAUCUUCUACACACACACAUACACACACACACACCUUAAAAAAAAAAAAGAAGAAAACAGUGAUAGAUUUUUCCCCUACUAAAUUCUGCUCACAGGAUGUGUAGGCUUUUUAACCACAGAACAUGAUUCUUCUGCUAAAGCAGAAAAUACGACAGGAAAACUUUGCAAAGCCGUGAUUGUCAUCAUUAUGAACUUAGGUUUUUUUUUUUUUUAAUUUUGAGACGUAGUGAUUUAUAUAAGUGUCUUAAUUCUCUUAACAGAUUUUCCUUGUUUCAAAUUAAUCUGAAAGACCAAAUUUAUUGAUUUUUUUAUUAGAAAAAUCUCAUAGCUCAGUACACUAACUCAGUAGUUAGAAAGUUUUUUCCACAAAAUAUUUUUUGAAACUGUAGACCAAGGGGUCCUAGUGGCAGCUGUGUGGUCCUGCUGGUUCAGCAGGAGCAGGAGCGUGCCUGGGCUUUUACUUAGGCAACAUGUCUUCUGCUAUUGCUCCGUGCUGCCCCUCUCCCGCUUAAAACAGGGUUGUGUGUCCCAGACUAGCCCUGGACUCUGUAGAUGAUGGUGUUCUUCAGUGUGAUCCUCCAGUCUUCACUCCCAGAGCUGGGUUACAGGAGUGCACCACCAUGUGCAUUUUAAUGCUGUGCUGGAGCAGAGCCAAGGCUUCCCACAAGAGCUCUGCCAACCGAGCGUCCUGUCCUGGACUCAGUGCUUCUUGUCUGCAGGUGCUGAUGUCUCUGCUUAGGAGUUAUUUGUCAUAGACGUUGUAAAAUGUGCCUAUGAUUUAGAAAACUGUGUUGAGUGGAUUAUGAAAUGAUCAGUACUUCAAUUGGAAAAGUAUUUUCACAUCUAGCUAAGUUUCAUCUUUAUAUAUUGAUAAAAUGAUGACUACUUUUCAAGUUAAGUGAAAAAGAAAGUUUUCACUUUGGCUUUCUAGCCUAAGCGGGAAAGGCUAGUAGGGCUCAGUGAGUCUAGAGUGAAGCUAAUCCAUUGAAACCUACCGUGAGCAUAUUUCUCAUUCUGUGUCUUAGGGUAAAAUGUAUGAUUUAACAUCUUGAUUAUAAAGGAAGAUCUAUAAAUUAGAUGGAAAUUCUCAUGUGAUUAAUGUCACAAAAUCAUGGGUUAAUUCACAGUGCUAUUUCAAUGCCGUUUGUAAAUUUCAAAGUUUCUGUUCUGUAAAGGUUUUUUUUUUUUUUAAUGUUACUUGGGUUAGAUCACCGCAACUAAACUAUUAUUUAUCCCUGUAUUAUAUUUAUUUUUUUAACAUAUGUCUCUUGUUCGUCUGUAAAACUGAUUUUAUGGAAGAUGUAAUUUAUUGUAUAAAGAGUAAAAGGGUGUUCGUUGUAUAGAGAAUCAAGUCAGUCACAAAUUGUCCAGCUGUUACAGCCUCAAAACAGAUGUUGGGAAGAGAAACACAAUCAGUGUACUUAGCUUUAAGGCGGAAAGAUCCCUGGUGGUGUAAACAUGCUUCCAGGAAUUUGUUAUAAAUCUGACUUUUUUCCUCCUGAACACUUAACAUCUAAGCAGGUGGCCAGUCAUGGUUUAAAAGUCUAAUUGCUGAUAAAUGAUUAAGGCAUAGAUAAAAAAAUGAACAUCCACUGUUUACCACCGUAUUAUUCUAAAUGCAGGUGACCAUGUAUACUGCCUUGCUUGAAGGAGUUUUUGAUAAAAGAAACAAUAUCUGUCAUUUGUAAAUUUUCUUGUUCUAAAGAAAGCAGUUAUGUUCUGUUGAUAAAAAUUAUGUAAAUAAAAAGUUAUUUUAUAUCA